GACCUCACCCAGCGCUGGACCGCUGCUGCUCCAAUCCGGUCCGGUCCAGUCCGGCGUGGCUGCUUUAAGAGCUGAGGGAUGUGACAGCUGGACUCACAAAGACUUUAAAUCCACCGAGUAACAGAGACUUCAGGUGAACCUCGUGCAGAUCUCUGGUCGUCUCCAGUCUUCCAGCUGUCGUGUUUCUCCUCUGAACGGCUCAGAUGGACCGAUCCGCACAGGAGCUCUUUCUGAACUUUAUGGUUGUGUUGAUCACAGUUAUGCUCAUGUGGUUACUGGUCAAACAAUAUCAGGACUCAUGAAGAGCGAAGAGCUCAUUCCUCAUCAUCAUCGUCGUCAUCGUCCUCCGCUGUGAUGAUGAGUUCCAGCACCGGAGAUGAUGUUUCUGCAGACGGAUGGAAGAUCUGCCGGUCAGGAUGGAUCGUCUCAUGACGCCUUCAAAAGCAGCACAGUUUGUCCUUACGGAUUGUCGUCGUGUGUUAAAUGUUGUGCUUUGAUACUCUGAUUGUUUCAUGUGAUAAAUUGGGAAAAAACACUCAAAUUAAUUGCCAAAUUAGUAGCAGAAAUGAGCUGAGUGAAGACAGUGUUUUAUUUGUUUAAAUAAAGAACUCUUUGGCAAUGCAA